GGCCGACCAAAAUGGCGGCCUUGGCCAAGGCGGAGGAGGAGCCUGACGAGACCCGGGAGUCGCAACUCCCUUCGGCCAGGCAGGAGGCCAACGUGGAGACCGCCGAGGAGGCCACCGAGCCGCCGGAGCCCGACAUCACGGAGCUCUGCAAGGACAUGUUCGGCAAGAUGGCCACCUACCUGACCGGAGAGCUCACAGCCACCAGUGAAGACUACAAACUUCUGGAGAACAUGAACAAACUGACCAGCCUGAAGUAUCUGGAAAUGAAAGACAUUGCCGUCAACAUCAGUCGAAACCUGAAGGACUUAAACCAGAAAUAUGCCGCGCUGCAGCCGCACCUGGAUCAGAUCAACGCCAUCGAGGAGCAGGUGGCCUCUCUGGAGCAGGCAGCCUACAAGCUGGAUGCGUAUUCAAAGAAACUGGAAGCCAAAUACAAGAAACUCGAGAAGCGAUGAAGGGCCUGAGGGGACCGCGACUCUCUUUCCUGGUGGGCCAGGAUGUUUUGGAAAAACGGAAGCUCGGGACGGGUUGAUUGGCGCGACCCGGUAAAAGGGCCGAAAGCCUCCGCCCUCCGGAGAAGCCCCGGCCCGACGAAAACGACUUACCGCCUGCGGAUCCUCCUCCGAGACCCUGGGGCCUCUGCCCACCCCGCCCCGAGGUCCCGUGCUCCGCUCUUUUGGUCCUCGGGAAGGGCUCAGCCGGAGCUCGACUUGGGUCCCACCAACCCCCAGUACCCGAGGGGGUGGCGUGGGCUGUUUCCCGACACUCCAGCCCUCCCACCAACGCAGAGACUCUCUUUUAGUUCCUUAUGUCUUAUGCCUUAUGUCCUCAUCUGUCCACGCCCGUCACAUUGCUACCCUGUUGCCGGAGAACCCAUAUCGGGCGUGUGACUGGGGCCGGCUCGGGUCUUCUAAUAAAUGCCGUUCUGCCCCUUGGUGA